AUGGCGGCCUGGCUGGCGUUGGGUCUUGGGGCCUUGGCAUUGCACCAGUUCACCGGCAAGGCCGGCUUCAAGGGGCCUGCCUUUGUGCAGCCUCUGGCGGGCAGGACAUUGCAGCCGCGCCCAUUCGCAGGCCAGGGUGAUGCUCACCUGAGUGCCAGCACACCCAACCCCAGGCCUGUCACUCUGCCCAUCUUCGCCGCGGUCGCCUUCGCCUCGCUGCUGCGCGCCAAAGUGCAGCGCCGGGGCAAGGGCAAGCCGCAGACCACCUCAGGCAUCCGCGUUCGAAAGCCGAAGAACAACGCGCUCCGAGAGCUGGCAGCAAGAACACAGGGGGAGCUGGUGGUGACGCAGCUCUCGGGCCAGGAGAUGCUGCGAUUGGCCACGGCCAACAACUUUCAUGGACUUCAAGACUUAGAGGUGGCGGUGAAGAAGCAAACCGGGCUGGACCUGUCCAAGUACCAGCUGGUGACUCCUGAUGGCCAAGUGCUGCUGGCUGACCACAAGCUGCACCUGACCGAUGAGCUGCUGCUCACUGCCAUCGCCAGAAGUGCUGCGCGGACCGCCUGGGUGAGGAAGGCUCGGCAACUGCACCUGGCCAGAUCUGCCACCGUGUGCUUCCCUGACUGGGCGUGGUCAGACAAGGACAUCAUGUACACAGCUCUCCACACAAUAAUGCUGGAGGGCGACUUGCAUGGCAUCGGCCAGAAGUUGGUUGAGGUCAAGUCGGAGCUUCUGCAAGACCGGGACUUUGUGUUGAAGUUGGUGUCCGUGUCCAAUGUCUUGGAGCACCUGAGUGAGGAAUUCAAGGGUGAUGAAGAGGUUGUCGCGGCCGCCAUCUCCUGGUACCCUAGCGCGUUUGCGCACGCAGACCCGCGCCUGCAGAACCAGAACUUUCUGAAGGUGGUGGUCGCAGCAGUGCAAGGCGGUGGCGUAUCCGCUUUAGCCUCCGCAGAUACGUCGCUGAGCGAUCGCGAGAUCGUGGCAGCUUACGAGGAGAAGGGAGUGCUGGACUUGCGUGGCACAGGAAACAGCAGCAUUGCCACCUUUGAGGAGCUGACGUGCAAGCAGCGCUAUGAGCCGCUGUGCCACAUGUACCGCCGUCGCUUCGCGCGCCCCAGGGCCAAGCCGAUCCAGAUGUGCACCAAAACGGCUCGCGAGUCGGGGCACAAGUACAGCCUGCCGGGCCAGGGCAGUCGCCACGCCAGGAUGUACCGCGUCAUCGACUUUGGGCGCGCGAAGAAGGACAUGUUCGGCACGAUCAAGAGCGUGGAGUACGACCCCUACCGCAACGCCCGCAUUUGCCUUGUGGAGUACGAGGAUGGCGAGAAGCGCUACAUCCUCCACGCCGUGGGCUACUUCGUGGGACAGGAGAUCAUCUCCUCCGCGGACGCGCCCAUCUUCGUGGGCAACGCGGUGCCCUUGGACAAGGUGCCCAUCGGCACCAUGGUGCACAGCAUCGAGAAGAACCCCACCUUCGGCGGAGCAGUCGCUCGCUCUGCAGGCGCUUCGGCCAUUGUGCUGUCCCGGGACAGGGACUACGUGACCGUGAAGAUGCCCAGCGGCGAGGUGCGUUUGAUGAUGAAGGAGUGCUGGUGCACCAUCGGCAAGGUGGGGCGAACUGAAGCGCAGCUGAUCAAGCUCGGCAAGGCGGGCAAGAACCGGCACCUGGGCUUCCGGCCCCAUGUGCGCGGCAGCGCCAAGAACGCUUGCGACCACGCCCAUGGUGGAGGAGAGGGCAAGUCGCCUAUCGGUCACGUGCACCCGAAGACCAAGUGGGGCAAGUGCGCGCACGGUAUGCGCACCCGUCGUCCUCAGUACUCUGACAAGCUGAUCCUGAUCCAUCGCAAGAAGAAGAGCGGCCGCGCCUAA